UGGGACGCUUGGUUUCCAGGAAGUGACGUCAUAUGGCCGCGGAGAUGGACGAGGAGCUGGACCUGGGCGAGGAGCGGCGCCGCAGCUCGGCCUUCUCCGGGGCCAAGAUGGGUCGCCGAGCUCAAAAGGAGCCAGCUCAGGCUGAGAAUCACUUCAGUGACAGGAAUGCCUCGGUGACUCUGACCAGUGAGGUGUUCGUAGGAACAAAGAGAGAAUUCUAUACUGAGAGAGAAAGAAUAGCGCAACGCAAUAAUAAUGGAUGGCAGUGUCACUUAAAAGCUCCCCCUCCCAAGCCUCCUCGCAGGCUGGGCGGCUGGGCGGAUGAUUCCAUGAAGGCGUCAAAGUUUGGGAGGAAGGCUUCAGAAGAGAUAGAAGACCACCGCCUCAGACGGCACAGCCUGGAUGGAAUGGAUGACGGAGGAGAUAUUCCCAUCAUCCCGGAUCUGGAAGAAGUGCAGGAGGAGGACUUUGUUUUGCAGGUGGCAUCGCCUCCGAGCAUCCAGGUGAACCGGGUGAUGACCUACCGCGACCUGGACAAUGACCUCAUGAAGUACUCGGCCUUUCAGACCUUGGAUGGUGAGAUUGACCUGAAGCUCCUCACCAAAGUGCUGGCUCCAGAGCAUGAAGUGCGAGAGGACGAUGUUGGUUGGGACUGGGACCAUCUAUACACGGAGGUGUCCUCGGAGCUCCUCACCGAGUGGGACCAGGUGCACACUGAGAAGGAGGACCCCCCAGGACCACCUCAGAACACCUGAACGCAUUAUCUCUGCCUCAGACCUGGAGCAAUGCAGUAGGCCUCAAGCCAAGGAAACUUACAAGCGGAUGAGAAUUUCUAUAUGGAAUAUUUUGUAAUAAAAAUAUUUUCAGUAGACCACACUGGGUCAUUCACAUGCAAUAAAUGGCUUUAUUCUGUGGA